CACCCAUUUCAAGAUGGAGCAAGACACCAAGUCUCGGCGAUCGUCCGACGACACUUUGGGCGCCAACAAUACCAAUGCUGUACCUGAACUCCCUAAGGAGGAGGUCUUCGACGAUGACUCCAAGGUGCCGUUCCUCACCGCUCGCACGUUCUUCAUGACCGUCUUGGUAUCGAUGGGAGGUAUCUGCUUUGGAUACGACACUGGUCAAAUCAGUGGAUUCCUCGAGAUGGAGAACUUCAAGAGAAACUUCGCCGACGAUAGAACAGCCGGGCCCAAUGGCGAUGUGACGCUCAACCUGACACCCGUCCGCACCGGUCUCCUCGUUGCUACACUCUCUCUUGGAACUCUCGUCGGCGCGCUGAUCGCAGGUCCCGUGGCCAAUAACCGCAAAUUGGGACGGAAAUACUCCAUUUGCAUGUGGUGUGCGGUCUUUUGCAUCGGCAACAUCUUCCAGCUCUCCGCACAAUACUCAUACUGGUAUGUUCUCAUGAUCGGUCGCAUUAUCGCGGGAUUCGCUAUCGGAGGUCUUUCUGUCAUGGUGCCAGCAUAUCAAGGAGAAUCCGCGCCGACCCACCUUCGAGGUGCCAUCGUCUGCUGCUAUCAGCUGUUCAUCACCAUUGGCAUCCUCAUCGCAUACCUGAUCAACUUCGGAACCGAGACCAUCAACGCGGAUAGCACUGCGUCGUGGCGCAUUCCCAUGGGUAUCAGCUUUCUCUGGGCGUUGAUACUCGGCUUCGGAAUCUUGUUCUUCCCAGAGACGCCUCGCCAUGACUUCCGUCAUGGAGCGGUGGACAAGGCGUCCGAGAGCAUUGCGAGAUUCUACGGUGUUAGCCCACGGCACAAGGUGGUCAAGAAGCAGCUGGAGGAGAUGCAGGAAAAGCUCCGCAUCGAGCAGGAAGGCGGUGAUCAUUCGAUCUGGGAGGUCUUCACCGGCCCUCGCAUGUUCUACCGCUUGAUGCUGGGAAUGUCGAUUCAAGCUCUCCAACAAAUGACUGGUGCCAACUUCUUCUUCUACUACGGAACAACAAUCUUCGAAUCCGUCGGCAUCAACAACUCCUUCGUCACGCAAAUCAUCCUCGGCGCCGUCAACGUCGUCACCACCUUCCCUGGCCUCUAUAUGGUGGAGAAAUUCGGUCGCAGGAAAUGUCUCACCCUCGGCGCCGGCUGGAUGUUCAUGUGCUUCAUGGUCUUCGCCUCGCUCGGAAACUCUGCUCUCCAAUCCGGCACCGAUGCGAAUGGUGAUCCAAUCUACGACUCCACGAUCGGAUACGUGAUGAUCGUCUUCGCCUGCCUCUUCAUCGCCGCCUUCGCCAGCACCUGGGGUCCCAUGGCCUGGGCCGUGACCUCGGAAAUCUACCCAUCCCGCUACCGCAGCACGGCCAUCGCCUUCUGCGCCGCCUCCAACUGGGCCUUUAACUUCUUCAUCGGAUUCGCAACGCCUUUCAUCGUGGCCGACAUCGGCUUCGCUUACGGCUACCUCUUCGCCGCCUGCAAUUUCGUCGCCGUGCUGGUGGUGUACUUCUUCCUCCCGGAAACGUCGGGGAAGAGCUUGGAAGUCAUCGAUACCAUGUUCUUGUUGGAGGUCAAGCCGUGGAAGUCGAGCGGCUGGGUUCCGCCGCCUUCGGAGGAAUUGGUCACGGCGGAUCAGCUGCGGUUGACGAAUGGUGGGAGGGAUAUCCGCAAGACGAAUGAGGCGGGUGUGGGUGAUGAUACCAAGUAUGAGAACGUGGAGGAGUCGAGGGCGAAUAGUGUGAAUAUGGGUGCGAGUGGUGCGAGGGGCAAUUCUUUGACGGUUUGAGCGGAGUUGUAUAGAGCGUGUGAACGCAGCAUGAAUGAAAUCAGCAUUGAACGCAAUGUGCCUAUUGAUAAGGCCUGCCAUUCCUCUAUCCUCUCGGUCGUCUUCGUGGUGCUCUGAAUUGGAGGAGCACCCAAUGGAUCCAAAGGGGGGAC